AUCUACGUUAUUAAUAUCUCCUAGUCCAUAAAUAUAAGUGUAAUUUAAUCGCGUGUAAUAUACUGCGUAAUAGCAAUUAUUUAAAGAGAUCUCCCGUUCAGCCAAUCUUUCCAAUGACGUUUUUCUGUCAGUAUAAAUAGAAGUGGAUACUUCGUUGUAUUUUCUAAUCGAUAUCUGUGUCUUUAACCGACAUUCUUGCACCCAGUAUGUCAUAAUCGUGAUAUAAAACAGUUAUUUACGAAAUUGAAACACGGCUCAGCGUGAAAUGUAAUGCCAUGCGGAACAGUUAACUUUGGGAUUUGUGUUUACAACCGUAACAAAAAUGUCGGCUGGAUGUGUACGUCCUUUGUGUAUUUGUUCAAGGAUUAAAUCUAGACACGUGUAUUUGAUCAUAAUGUAUAGUGCAUAAUAAACAACUUAUCAACGUCAUAUUGUACAAUGAACAAUAACAUACAGCCAGGAUUAUCGUGUGAUUGGAAUGGACAAAAAUGGACACCGACUGUUACAAAUAUACAAGAACAAUGGAUAGCACAGAAUCCACCUGGCGUAGCUCGGGGGAAGGUAUGGCAACCAAAAGUUGCACCCCCUCCUCCAAAUCCCAUGCCACCGCUCGACAGUGACGACAUGAGUGAUGACAGUCUGGAGAAUGCUGUUGCUAACGGACAUCCUCUGGAUUUAUCCACAUUUAAUAAAACAACAGUUUCACAUACAAGACAGGUAGAAAGUCCUUUAGACUUGUCGUUAAAAACACGUAAGCGAUGUGCAGAUUCAACACUUCAUUGUUAUCAGUAUGGACAAAUUGGCAAAAAAAUGUGCUUGCCUUCUCAGAGUAGAUCACAUGAUAGAUCACAUGACCGAUCACGUGAUCGACAACUGCUAGUUCAGCAAGCGAUGGCUGACAACAUGGGUAUGCCAAAUCAAGCGUGCCAACAGUAUACUCCUACAGUAGAUCUCAUGCAUCCCGAAAGUGUGCGUCAUAAACGAGACUAUCAUACUACGUCACGACAGCAUAUGCAAAAUAUUGAUUCAACGCAUGUAAAACACAGUUUUAGCUCUGCUAAAAAUGUGCAAAAUAUACAAACAGUUCAACCAAAAAUGUUUAUUCCCGAUCAAACUGACGUCCGUCAGCGGUAUCCAAGUCAAACACUUAGUCGUCAAUAUGUGACGUCUUGUAAUCAAAUAUAUCCUGAUGAAAUGUCUAAAGUGUCUCCUCAUCAUUAUGGUAGCUCAGUUCGUAGGGCCAGUAAUUCACAAAUCCAGGAUGCUCAAAAAUUUUCAAAUUACUCUGGAAAUAAUCAAAGAGAAAGUCAACACAAUAUGUACAGGGAACAUUCGCAGUAUUAUGCACAGAGGCAAGAAGUUGUAUCUCAAAAUCGUGGUAUUUCACCAGCAAGUAAAAAUAGUGAAACAAACAAUUAUCAAUUGCUGUCUCAGGUUCAAAAGAACGUUUCCAAUUCCAAUUCAACUUCAUCAUUAAAUUCAUCGAAAUAUUUAGGUAAUCGCUCUCAACAUGAUCCAUAUGGUUUUGUCCGUCAUAAUACUGCAGCUGUUGCGACAUAUUCUCCUAGUGGUAGUUCUAUAUCCUCAAGGUCGCCUUCGUUUCAGGGUAAUCAAAGUCGACCGAGUGUAUUGUCAAGUGGGUUGCAUUUUAAGCAUCCACAGGAAUGUUGCAGUCCAGAUAGUACGAACGUUUUACAGUCGCCUUCGGACUAUAUGAAUCCAUUAUCACGUGAUCCAUCAGCCAAUAGUCCUGGUAUGUCACGUGAUACUCUACAGAUUCGCAGAAAUGCUGACAUGAAAAGCAGUCGUGUAUCUAGUACAAGUUAUACCCCGUCAUCUUCACCAAGAUGUGGGUACGUUUCAAAUUCGCCAAGUGGAUAUAUUUCAAAUUCUCCUAGUAUGAUCUCAAAUAUAAAAUCACCGUCCAUUCAACCGCAGUCCAAACUGACCUCUUCUCCAGGUAUUGACAUUCUUCAGACAACGUCGGUUAUGCAGCGUUCUAAUCAAAGUCGUUCGAUAAUUAUGGGAACAAGUGGCUCAGCAGUAAACGACAUUCAAAGCAAAACAAUCAAUAAAAACAGACCACGAUUAUGGAAUCCAGAUCAGUUAAAGCAUGGUUUUGGUACUUUAGCAUGUGCAGAAAAAAACACGUUUGAAGAGAUGAAUGAAAUUCCAAAAAGUAAAUUGCCUAAUAAUGAUCUCACGUUUUGUAAAAAUGAAACAAAAAACACUGAUGGUUGUGCGAAAACUGUUUCUUCAGAAACAGGAUUUACUGGUCCUUUAGAAAUAGCAAUUCCAAAGACUGCUGAGAUUAAAUCAGAAAAUAGACAGAAACCGUUUUCCAAAAAAGAUAUAAUCAUGAAUGCUUUUAGAAACGACGAAUCAAUGAAACACAUUCUAGAAGAACAAAAGCCACCACCUCCGAUACAUUUAUCUGAACAGCCAUCUAUACAUCCAUCUGAAAAACAAUCUAUCAUGUCUAUACAUCCACCUGAACAAUCAUCAAAACAACCUCCUGAGCCGACAAGAAGCACUACUUUUAUUUCUCCUGAAUCUCCUAAAAUGCCGACUUUAAGUCCGCAACAAAAGUUACCAGCACCGAAAGUGUCUCCGUUGAUGGGAGAACCUCCAACGCUAGAUAUAGCUGCUUCUCAAGGAAAUCGUCGAAAGCAAAACAAAGUAUCUCCGAACAGGAAAAUGCAACUGAAACAUUCUUCUGUGAAAUUAUCUAAUCACAAUGAAAAACAGGAUUAUUCAAUACAGCCACAUUCAAGUUUUCCUCAAAGACCAAAACUACCAUACAAAAGAAUCCCUGUUGCAAAUGUUGCACCAAUGGUGCACGGAAGAUGCAAUUCUCCAAAAGAUAAAAUCAUUCCUUUGUCAGAGAAAGGCACAACAAAUCCGGACAUUAAACAGUUUGUGUCAAUUCCAACGCCGCAACCUAUACAGGUUUUCCGUGUAGAAACAGUAGUUACGAAUCAAAAUGACAUUUCAGAAUUAAGUAUUAAGGAAUCGUCUCAUAUUAAGUCCAAGGAAGAGAUUAUGUUUAAAAGAGGAAAUCCAAAAUACAAGGCAACCAAGCCAACUUCAGCCCUUCAAACUAACAAGGCAAAACGAAAAGAGAAGACAGCUGAGUGUUCAGAAGAAGGCAAUUGUCCAACGAGAACGCGAAACAACAUCAAUUGCCCAAUGAAAGAACCUGUUCAGAGUAAAUGUUUGAUUAAAACGCAAGGUCAGAACAAGUGUCUGAAAACAACAGACCACAAAAAUGUUGGAAAGGAAAGUGCUAUUGAAAUGCCAAUAAGGGAACCAAAAGACCAUAGCGAGAGUAAAGCCGUUAAAAAGAGGCUUAAUCCAAAACAACACAUUAAACAGACCCUAAGAAAGUUCAGAAUUAUAUCAAACACUAAAAGGAAGGCUGAUGAAAUCAGUAGAAAGGCAAGAGUGAGAAAUGUCCCUGGAUCUAUGUCAGGGUCCAUGCAUAGGAGGCGAAUUCGUAGAAGAUUGCAGAUCUCAAAACAUAGUAGAGGAUUUAUUGACUUCAAGCCACAAGUUUUAGAAUCACGAACAAGACGAAAAUCAGCUGUAAGACGAGGGUAUCACAGAAAUGCAGCAUAUGAAAAAGAACUGCGAAGGGAAGAAAAACGCAAGGCAUUUCGUCAUCGACAACGUGUACAGAGAUUUAAUAAAAGAAUAAGUAUGAAAGCAAAAGCCAAGAAAGUUGUACCACCUACAACAGAGCAAGCCGAAACAACACUUCAUGAACAGAACAAUGAAGAGGCCACACCUUCUACGGUGGAAACUGAUAAUAGCGGAACAUGGGAGGUAAAAAAUACCAGCACAACGCUGCGAAAUGGCAAAAGCAAAGGUGUUAGCAUGAAAAUAUUGUUUAAACCACAAGAACAAAGGCGGUUCCGACGCAGGAUGAGAAAAAGAGGAACAAUGAGAUAUGGUUUAAAGAAGACAGUAUCUGCACCAUCUAGAUUGAGAAUGCAAACACAGAUCGUCGAUGAUGCUGGAUGUUCUCAAGGGUUCAGUGGUUCCCAAAUGCCGUGUAUGGAUAUUCAUUCAGCAGACUAUUCCCAGUAUGAUUUUGAUGCAACUGAUCCUGUUGAUCUUCCUGCCCCAGUGCCAUUUAUACCAUCUCUUCCGGAAGUUAAGAAACUAAGUGUUUGUAAGGAUACAGGGGAAACUAUACUUCACCGUGCUGCUAGAAUGGGACAUGAGGAUGUGGCAUUGUCCUAUCUGCAGACUGGUAUUGUCGACGUGAAUGUCCGAGAUAAUGCGGGUUAUACCCCUCUCCAUGAAAGCUGUGUGAGCGGGAACAUGGUGAUUGCCCGUAUGUUACUCUCAUAUGGUGCCAUUGUUAAUUGUGCUUCUCAAGAUGGAAUAAGGCCAAUUCAUGAUGCUGUUGAUAAUGACUUUGUUCCAUUGGUUAGACUUCUUCUGUCAUUUGGUGCAGAUCCAACUUUAUCAACGUAUGGUGGUAAAACUCCCCUCAAAAUAUCACAUUCCAAGAAAAUGAAAUCUCUCAUUCAAGGUUAUUUAGGCGAUAUCAAUGGUUUUAAUGACGAAUCUGAUUUGUCUGUGUGGGAGUUUGGCGCCUUUCAAGAUAAUGCGAUGAUAGAAGAUGGUAUUUUUAACGAUAUCCCCUCCGAUCCAGAAUGCGAUGAAGCUAUCUUUAUGGAGAGCGAUACUCCUUUAUUCCAAGAAAUUUCAAUUAUUCAUCCGAUCUCAAAUGAAAGACAAAACGUUGUUCUUCUGAAGGACGUUACAGAGUUACUGCAUAUGAAAACUGGUGAUUUAAUGAAAGACAAAACAAUUAAAUCUGUGAUAAUUGAAGAUGCUAAAGAAGCAAUACAGUCCGUAUCAGAAUUGACAUAUUGUUAUGAACGACUUCAUUCUGUGUGUGAAGGUAAUUGUCGUCUGCUGCAAAUAAAUGACCUUAACCUGGUGUUCUCAAGAUCUGAAAAGAAAAAGAUUUCAGAAAAACAUGAUAAAGGAAAGAUGGCAAUCGUUCAGAGUAAUACAGCUGAAGACAAAAAAGAGAAGAAAAAAGUAACAGAGAAAGAUAAAAGAAAACUAGAGAAAAUAUAUGAUUUUGGGGGUGAAUCAAGCUCAAUGUUAAAGAGUCCUAAACAUAAACCGUCACGUUCCUAUCAUUACGAUUUUUAAGUUUUCUUGAAAAGAAAAUGACCGUUAUUAUUAAAUGUAUCCUUUAGAAAAAUCAUUAUCCAGUAUUAAAGAACAAAUAUUGUUUUUAUGAUAGUCAGGAAUAUCAAGUAAACACAUUCUCAUUAAUAACAAUUGUUCUGCACGGGUUGGCGUAAUGCCAAAAGACAGUUUUUCUCAGGGAAGCCAUUAAAGAAGAAGUGACGUCUGCAUUUUAACAUAAACAUUACAUAUGACAUUAAAUGUCAGUAUUGAUGCCAUAUAAUUUAUCAUUCGUAGCAUUUAAAAAUGUAUUGAUGUAAUAACCUUUCUAAACGUGUUUAGAAUAUUGAUCCAUGAAGUCAUUUAUCAAUGCUGUAAUGAGGCUGAGCCGUAACGUCAAACUUAAGUGAAGACGAACUAUCACGAAGGUGUUUACUUAGGGGUUUAUAUCAUUAUAGUCUGAUGUGGAAAGACUGUGUUAAUUAGUAUUGUAACUUUGUAAGUUAGAUUCUUUGUGUAUGAUGAUCGGUAAUAGAACAGUUCUGAGACCGGAUGAGGUUGUUGUCCAAUAUAAGUAUUGAAAUGUGAUGAAUUAUAAUUCAUAUAGAUUAACAAAUCAAUCGUAUUCAUAUUAUAUAACAAAGCCAUAUUAACGUUUAUAGAAACAUGCGGAAAACGUAAAGAUUUAAAAAAUCUCACAAUUAAACAAAAAGACUUAUCCAUCAGUAAUGGAACAAUGAGCUUUAGCUGUAAUAGAUUACAAUAUGUUGUAUAGAUAUAAGUACAUUAGAAUACAAAGUUUUUAACAGAAGUAGCAAACAAAUUUGUUAUUAAUACUCGCUGGACGAGAAAAUUGUUGUUAUAGUUUUUUAUUUUGUAAAAUCACAUAGAAUAUAGUCAAUUUAUAGUUGUUCCAAACAUGUUAAAUAGUAAGUUUGCCAAAAUGAUGUGUUGUUUGUUUAUGUUAUAUAAUUUUUAUUAUACGUUAGUACAUGAAUGUAGGAGCAUGUAUGAUAGUUGAUGUGAAAAGGUUGUUAAAGAUUUGUUUAGAAAGUAUGAUAGAAAUAUGUGUUAUGGUCUGCUCUAUAUAUACAGUAGAUAUGACAUAUAGGCAAUAUAAGCUUAUGCAUUCUAUCCUGUUGUCUGAAUAAACGAUGUCAAACAUCUGAAAUAAUCCCAAAUAGAAUAUAUUGAUUAGUUUCCUGCAAAAUAAACAUACAUAACAUAUGUUUUGUUUAUCAGCUAUAUUUUAGCCUAUAAAAUCUUAUUUUGUGUCUUAUUUCAAAAGUUUAAAAACAGAUUUCAUGUUGAUGGCCAAAAAAAGGUAUACUUCCUGUAUCCUAUUAAGAAAAAACUUUGUUAACUAAAUCGUUAUAGUCUCUAGACUUUCAUGUCUGGAAUCGGUUCCCCUUUCUGUUCAGAGAAUUAUUCCUUUAUGCUUUAAUACAGAUUUAAUAUGUAUUGAUUAAUACUACAUUUUCAGUAUUUUCUGUAACCCCUUCAAUUGCUUUCUUCUUUGUUGAUUUCUGCACUUUUGAUGGCCGUAAGUCAUAAAAUAAGUGUUAAGUGUUUGUUAGGAAUGACUCAUGUCUGAUGUGUAUUUAUAUUAACCAAGUAUCAAAGUUUAGUAUCAAAGAUAUUCAUAGAUUAGAUACAGGUUAUUAUAAAUAUAACAAUUUGCUGUGGAAUAUAUAUUUCACAGAGAUAUUAUAUAGCUGUCAAAAUUUUUUUUUUCAAAAAGAUAUUAUAUAGCUGUAAAUUAUUUUUUUUCGAUUUGGAAAUUUGAAAAAAAAACCAUAAUUAUAUUCAGUAUUAAAUGCUUGGGAAAUGAUACAUUGUCACAAAUGUAAAUGUGUCGGUUCGUAUCAUUUUACUACCUAACACUCUUGAUUGAUGUUAAAUAGAUCUGCGUAAAUUAGGAAAGGUUCUGCACUAUAAUAAACGACAAAAACAGUCAUUAAAAUUAUCAAAUUUCAUAACAUUACUCAACAGUUGUAUAUAUUUACAAAUUUAUGUAAAAUGAAAAUCCAUAUUUACAUGGACGGGUUAAAUAAAUCAAUUCCUAGAUGUGUUUUUAUUAUUAUAAAUCAUCUCAUUAAGUUUUAAAUAUCCAUGUGACAUGUCACACUAAAAAUAGAAAGCAAACUACGUUUGUAAGAGAUAUUGUGUUCGUUACACAAAGAUGGAAAAAAGAUUUUAAAACACUGUGAGAUUUGUCUUAUCGAUAUACAGUAAAAUUUAUUUCAAGAGAAUACUUGGUUAGAGUAUAAAGUCCUCUGUGAGGAAAGUGUUGAUAAUGACAUAUGAUAGAUAGCUUCAUCAGUAUUGUGAUGUUUUCAGAUGGUGCAUUUGUUUGUUACUUAUUGUUCAUAUGAAAUAAAUUUGUUUCUGUAAUUAA